UCGCAUACACAUGAUCUGACAUCUUUCGAGCAUGGUAACCUUCAAACUAGUCAAAACAUCCACCAUGUAAAUAGCAACAAAAAACAAUUAUUUUUAAAAACAUUUAACUAGUAUGUCCUGCAGUGUCUGCUGCAUUUGCUUCAGGACAAGUGAGGGUUUAAAGGCAAUAAAUACCCCAGAUGAGAACUCUUUGAAAUUGAGCGCAAAACUCAACUUUGUCGCGCCCAAGCUGGACUGGUCGGACAUAUUCUCCAUAUGCCCCGAAUGUAAUGAGCAACUGGACAACGCUUACAACUUCAAGUUGUUGUGUUUAAAAAACGAAUCAUCUCGAAUGGCCUUUGAUAAAUCCUCCUUGGACGAUCAGCUUGAUGAUGCCUUUCAAGCAGAGCAUCUCCCAUUUGGGGAAGAGUCCGAAAUAAAGGACAUAGGCUUAAAGCCACUUCAAGCUCUUGAGCUUACAUGCCCCCAUUGUAGGAAAACGUUUAAAUCCCAAAGAACUCUAGAGACCCACUUUAAAAAACAGCACGACAAAACUUGCCAGCUAUGUGAGCAAAGCUUCAGCACCAACAAAGAACUUCUAAGGCAUAAGAAAGCUGAGCACCAUCGGCAGCAAGAAUCAUCGAAGUUUCAAUGCGAAAUUUGUGGGGAGAAAUUCGCGCUGCUUAAACACAUUCUCCAGCAUUCGAUGCAAGUUCAUUUAAUGAACAGGAAGGAUAUAAAACCCUAUUGGUGCGAUCAAUGCAGCAACAAGUUUUCCUCCUCGACAUUACUGAUCCAGCACAAAAAGUACCAUAAUGGUGAAAGAACGUUCAUAUGCACCACUUGUGGCAAGUCGUUUGUAACAAAGCGCGACUUAAGCGGACAUGAAAAACUCCAUGAUAAUGAAAGAAAAUACAGCUGCGAUAAAUGCCCGAAGAACUUCAAUACCAGCCAGAACCUUAAAACUCACAUUUAUGUGGUUCAUACAGACCCAAGUAAAUGGAAGUACUCCUGCUCGGUGUGCGGGAAAAAGUUCCCAAUGAAGAGCAAUUGCAAUGAGCACAUCAAACGGCACGAAGGCAGCAAAGACUUUGAAUGCCACAUUUGCGGGAAAACAUUCAUCAGCAAUUACGAGGUGAAAAAGCAUGUGAAACUGCACUCAAACAUUGCCUUCUACAAAUGUGCGGGAUGUUUGAAACACUAUCGCGAUAAAAGGUCGUUGGAUAGUCAUCUGUAUAAGAUUCAUGGAUUGGGAACGAAGAAACCGCCAAUACGAGUGAAGAAAUUUGUGUGUCACAUCUGUCCUAGUCAGUUCUUCGAUAAUCAGAAACUGCAAAGACAUAUUAGGGCGCAUACUGGAGUGAAACCCUUUAGGUGCCUUGAAUGUGAUAAACGGUUUAUCGAUAAGAACUAUUUGAGUUCUCAUCUGAAAAACGUGCAUGGGUUUGAAGUGAAAACAGCAGACACUAUGCGCUGAACCCGCAGGCCCGCCGGCCAAUAUGCAGAUUUCGGAGGCGGCCGGAGGGGUUCCGCAACCGGGGGCGGAACCUUGUCGCUUUCCCAAACUGGAGGAAUGCGCCCAUUUUCACUACGAAAGGGUGCAACUGCCGCCUGCUCUUCAAGUCGCCUUACAGACCAGCAUGGAUCAAUCACUACAUUCACAACACACAAAUGAAGAUGAAGACGCGGAAUGGUUUAUGGUGCAAGUGACAUCCGGAGACGAAUGCUGGCUGGUGCAACGCAACUUUGAGAACUUCAAAAUGCUGGACGAACAACUGCAUCAGUGCAUCUUCGACCGAAAGAUCUCCCAGCUGCCGGAUCUUGCCAGUAUGUCGAACAACGAGGAAGAUCUCGAGCAAAAACUGGCUUAUUACUUGGAACGCUUCAGUCAGAUCGCGGACAACUCAGUGAACUGUGGACCUGUACUGAACUGGCUCCAAAUGGACAACAAAGGACACCGUUUGCUUGUCCCGAGCGAGGAGAGCAGAAGCAUCAACACUCCCGCAGUAGCUGCUGCGUACAGCGUCAGAAGAUACGUUUCGCAGGCUCGAGAUGAAUUGAAUCUAGAAGUGGGCGACAUGAUAUCCGUAAUCGACAUGGCGAGUCCGGGCGAAUCGAUGUGGUGGCGGGGCAAACGAGGCUUCCAAGUCGGUUUUUUUCCGCAACAUUGCGUCCAUAUAAUCGGCGAUAAAGUACCGAGAAACAUGCCUUUGCCUCCACCAGUUGUUGGGUCGCUGGCGCUCAGCCCCGUCAAACCGGUGCUGCGCCGACACGGCAAGCUGAUCACGUUCUUUAGGAGUUUUAUUUUGAACAGGCCAUCGCGCAGACGCCUCAAGCAGAGCGGCAUCCUCAAAGAGCGCGUCUUCGGCUGCGAUCUUGGUGAGCAUCUGCUGAACUCGUGCAAAGACGUGCCCACUGUCUUGCGCAGUUGCGCCGAAUUUAUCGAGACCAAUGGCAUUGUCGAUGGAAUUUACAGACUAUCGGGAAUCACAUCCAACAUCCAGAAGCUGCGGAACGCUUUUGACGAAGACAGGAUUCCCGAUUUGUAUACCGAGGAUAUUCUCAAGGAUAUUCACUCUGUGGCUUCGCUGCUUAAAAUGUAUUUUAGAGAACUACCGAAUCCUUUAUGCACGUAUCAGUUGUACCAAAGCUUCGUAAACGCAGUUCAAGGCUGUGGAAAUGCCAUUAGAACAACGGAAACCGAUCAUGAGCGAUUGUUGAAGAUGCGGGAGGCUGUUCAAAAGUUACCACCUCCACAUUAUAGAACGUUGGAGUAUUUGAUGAGACAUCUGGCCAAAGUGUCCAAUCACAGCUGCAGCACUGGAAUGACCACUCGCAACUUGGCGAUUGUUUGGGCCCCAAAUCUCUUGAGAUGUGAAGCCCUGGAAGUGGGAGGAGUGGCCGCUUUGCAAGGCGUUGGAGUGCAGGCGGUUGUGACGGAAUUCCUGAUUUGUUACGCCGACCUAAUUUUUUGCGAUCACUUGCCCAACCUCGACCAUCCGGAACUGGCGGAAAAGGAGAACUUGCUGGCCAAAAAAUGCCGGCCCAAUAGUUUAAAUAUAUCCACUCCCACCAAGCUGAUCACCUUGGAGGAAGCCAGAAAUAAACAUUUAACCAGCAAAUCUGAAGAGUGCAACUAUAUAGAGGUUGGCGGAGGCCCCAGUAAUCUGCCGAAAAAGUACCACACCAUCAUCGAAUUGCCUCCAGGUCUAAGAAAACGAGGCCACACCAAGCGUUCGCCGCUAGGAUGGAGAAUGUUCUUCACAAGGUCCUCCAGGAAUUCUGCGCCUGGGGCUGUGACCAAAACGAGGAAAGCGUCAACACCGAUUACGAUCAAUGAUAAAUCGGUGACCGAGUCCGACUUGACGGACAUGCGGAAGAAAUUGAGAACGGUAAAAUCCGCAGAAAGUCUUACUUCCGGACAUUCGGAGCCGGCCAGCACUGAAGAUGUUCUUGGGCCGCUGCAUGCAUUGAAUAAACCACCCGGGCACAACAGAUCUGUGUCGCAUGAUUCGUACUUCGACACGCUACAGUCGUCGCAAAACAAUUCCGAAGGCUCGCUGUUAGAUCUCAGUGAAAUUCAUUUGAAUUUUGACCUGGAGGAAUCGGAAAUGAGGAUUUUCUCCGAAGAUGAAAGUUUGGUCAGCUCACCCAGGAUACAAAAGGACCUGGCACAGCGCCGCAUCCUAACUCGAGCUCGUCCAGAAGAUUUCGCCAGCGCAGGCAAUUCCGUAAAUCCAUCGCCUAAAAAGCAAGCGCGUGUCGUUCUGUCUCCAGAAUCAAUGUCUCGCAAACGCACCCGUUUGGAAGACCAACUAUCGGACAUCCAGUACAUCGACUGCAACACGCCGGAGAAUAUCGUCUGCACCACUGCGGUGGUGCAUGCAACGCCCCAAAGUCCCGAAGACGUGGGAUUCAGUGAGCCGAAGAAUAAAAGCCCCAGAAACUCCGAUAAUUUGGACACCAAACGGCAGUCCCUCAAUCUGGAUUUGGCCGCAAAUCAGCACCAUCCCAUCACAAAGUCGUUCACUGAUCUGGACUUGAACAGGCAGUUUUUCACUGGCACCAGCCUGUUAACGCCCACUCCCACAUCGCCAGGAUAUAAACAGCUGGGCGAAUCCAGCGCCAAUACGACGCCAGGCUUUUCACCCAACUGCGACAGUUCGCUCUCAGAAAUCACCUACCAGAACCUGAGGAAGAGUGGCGGAAGUUCCCCCAAACGCCAGCCAAGCAGUCCGAACUACGAAAACAUCCUCACUACCAUUAGCAUAACUUACAAGUCGCCACCGAGAAGCGCAUCUGCGUCCCCAAUGAAGAGCCCCGUGUAUGAAAAUGUGAUUCUAAACGCCGAAAGGGUGGACAUUCCCACCAGCACAGCCAGUCUACCAUGCCAAGAAGCGACUCAACCGGACGUUUGUGAUGGUGCGGAUUUUCUCUCAGCAGCCGAUAACCAACCGGCCGACCGUCCGAAGAGUUUGAGUGCUCUGGAGGACACGUACAGUUCCACAGACUCCACUCUAAAGGCCAAUAGUAGUGGCGCUAUUUGCAACACCAGUGAACCGUUGUCGUUAACUUUGAGCUUGAAUGAUCAACGGACGGUCAGUUCCAAUCAAAGUUCGGGCUCAAAUAUUCAGUAUACGGCUAGUUUGAGCUCAGCGCCGUAUCAGUACGUGGAAAACUCGGAACGUUUAAGCCCGGAUUUGAGCCUAAGCGAGGUGAUGCAGAGUUCAACAGAAAAUAUGACCACCAGCCAAACGUCAAUCAGUACACCCAUCAGCCCAUCGAAAAAUAGUUUGAGCCCGAACGUGAGCCCAACCACUACGGACAGCAGGAAUUUUAGCAGCGAAAAUCUUCUCGGUCGCGACAAUGACUGGAACGUGAUCGGCACUUCCAGCAACAAUCUGAUCGACUUCAAUCCCAAUCGAGAGAUUCCUGCUAGCCCUAGCAGAUCCAGUCUGCAAAACGAGAAACGGAAAUCCGAAGAAUCCGAAUCGUUUGACGAGAACGCAAUCUACCAGCAAGUGAAGUACUUUCGCAGAUCGAUACACGAAGUGAACGCGUUACUAGACAUGGAAGGAUCGGAGAAACCUCCAGAAAACGUCGCCGCUGAUAAGGAGGAUGGAUCGAACUUUGAUUCUUUGGAAAACGAAGACAAUCACGUGUACGAGAACCUGGAGGGCGAGAAACUGAGGACUGAAAAGACAAAUAAGACUGACGAGCUACUGGCAGGGGCCAGUAUCGAAGAAUCUACUGAAAGGUGUUUUGUCAAAGACCUGAAAAGCAUAUUUGAAGACAAAAGCUGCGACACAUUGUCCGAAGUGAAACCCAAUAGUUCUAAAAAGGAAAAACCUCGGCCCCCAGUUACGCCCGUAAGAAAAUCCAGCCUAUCAGAGAGCCAACGAUACAAACACUCUGAAGAAAGUCUCAGCUCUCAUUCAUCAACGGCAGUUAAUUGCAGCAAAGAAGAACCGAAAGUAGCGGAAAAACCAGAGGACGCAAAUAUGGCAAAUGAGAACAUAGGCGCCAGCUCAUUGUGCCAGUUGCGAAGAGUAUAUGAAAAGGAUGGUCUUCCGCCUUGUUUGAGAGCCAGAAACUUGAAAAAUCAAAUAAAAACGCGGUCGUUGGACGAGAACGAGUUCGAGAAGGAGUGCGGCUUGAAAACGAGCUCACGCAGAAAGUCGUUUGAUGAAAAUAUAGGGUAUAAAACAAACUCGUUGCCAAAAACACUAAAUCAACCAAAAUCGCUGCCCAAAGAUGAAGACGGUCAAAUGGAGUCGUUGCAUUUAUCGCAUAGCAAUGAGAAAAUAAAUCUGUUGGGCGACAAACCGGAUGAUGAAGGCGAAGAGCAAAAGAAACGGGAGAGAAUCGAGAAGUACAAGGAGGAAAGGAGGCGUAUUUUGAGUGAGAGAUACCGCUCGGAGUCGUUCAGAGAAGACAAAGACGUGCUGUUGAGCAGACUGAAGAUUUAUAAGGGUAAAGAGGACUCAGUUGAAGCGCUGAACAUGGCGGAGGAGGAGAAACCGUCUAGAAGUAGAAGAAAAAGUACAAAGAGUGAAAGUGAAAGUAUGAAUGAAACGAGGAUGUCUGAGGAGCGAGCACGGAACAGUUCGAGUUCUAGUCCUGGGAAAACCAUUAAUCCCUCAAAGGCAAUCGCGCCCAGUCCAGCUCGGAGUCUCAGUUCCCUAACCACUACGGUCCCGUCGCGAUCACCGAGCGAAUCCAGACACAAGGAGGAACAGAAACCACCACCAAUGGUGAACAGCUUGAAAGUGCGAGCGGCCAUUUUCGAGCAGCAAAACCACAAAUCCAUACCAAUCACCGUGGAUCUCCCCAGAUCUAAUCGAUCUUCCCUAAGGGGCGAGAAGAACAAAUUUGCGAGGAACUCGCUAGAAAGAGAAAAGACUGGAAAAUUGGAACAUAAUAGUAUUAUUGAUGAUAAACCAGGCCUGAUUUCAUCGGAUGAUGUACCAGGCGACUUGAAAGAUUUAGAUUUCAUCAGGCAAAAGCGACGGGAUGACGAUAUAUUACUCAAAGAAGAGAGACGACGACACACUUUCGAGACCAGAGAAAGGGAAACGGAGCUGGAUAGAAUUCGAAGAACCAGUUUGGAAACCAAGGGUAGUCCAAGAAAGGAAAAGAUGUCCCCGACAUACUGUAUAAAGGACAUGAAGGCGAUUUUCGAAUCAAAAUCCAAACAAUAACGUUUAUGCUUUUGUAAGGGACGCGAAUUAAGAGAAUUACUGCUAUUAUUACUUUCAAGUUGAUAUUAUACGCUAGAUAUAGAGUACUAGAGAGAAAUAAAGGUAAAAAGCAAAUAUGACCAAAAGUUAAGAUAUUUUGUUUUUUAGGUUUUAAGGUUUUAUUAGGCAACUCAAAAAUAUGCCUCUAAUGAAAUGUUUCCUCUCUAUUUCUCUUGCACGGUUCAAAGUGUCGGCUUGGUUUGUUGUUUUUUUGAAUUGCCUAGUAUUGUGUAUAUACAAAUGUUUGCGUGUGUUUUUAGUUGUUUAAUCAUAUUAGCUUAGGUUUGAUUUGAAAUAUUUACCAUGUUUAAGAUGAAAGUUCAAAAGUUGAUUGAUGCUUUCACCGAAAUUUCUGUCUCGAACAAUGCUAUCUCAUUCACACGUACGUGUUUAAGCAUCUGCAUGACGAUUUAACAUGCGGCUGGUUUUCAUGGUAGUUUUUUUUGAAAUUUGUUAAUUAAAUGCCCAGUAGUUCAUUUUAAGACUUCAGCUUCAUCAACGUGAUAAUGAACUAAUUAGUACAGCGAUAUAUAGACUAGCGUGUUCUAUGCUUUAAAUGAUGUAUUUGAAAGCCGUUUUAUAUUAGCUGUGUUAGGGCUACUUGUGGCGUGUUUGUUUCUUUGCUGUCGAUCUGAAAAUUUUACAGGCAGCAAGCAGAUAUUGAACGUGACAAAAAAUAGUAAUUUAGGACAAUAAAACAUAUUUUUAUAAUUUUCUGACCUUAGUUCAACGUUCACUUUUGAAUUAUUUAUUAUACCUUGGUUGUAAAUAGUGUAACUAUGCUUUAAAAUGCAGAAAUAUAGUUAUGUUUAAAUAAAUGAUUGUUUUAGCUGGCACAUCAGUGUUGAACAAACUGAAUCCAAUGAACAUUUACUACCGAAAUACUCAACUACAAAUCCAUCAGCGUAAUUGUUAUUUUUGCUAGUUGCCUCACUUUUGUCUGCUAGCGAUUAUCGAAUUCCGCGACACGGCAAAGGGGUAGAUUAAUAAAACUAAUUCGGACAUGCUGUGUUAAUUUGCACAAAAACAUCAAUUAAGUUGGAUGAAAAAUUGACAUGUUACUGUAGUUAAAUUGUGACAAUUGCUAACGGUUGAUUCAUCGACUUCCGCCGAAAAUUCAUACAAAUAUAAGUAUUUAAAUAAAGAAAUUAUACCCGACAGUCAUUCAUAAUAGCACUUUUAGUUAUUUAGCACCGUGCGGCCGCAGCAAAAUGGGGUUUCUGUUGAGAACAUGUUUGGUCUUUUGUAUCCUAUUUAAAACCCUCGAAGCCCAAUGGGGCCCACCUGGAGGACCCGGUGGUCCAUGGGGAUCAUCAGGCGGACAAGGGGGAGGCCCCCCAGGUGGGCAACAAGGGGGAAAUCAAGGUGGACAGGGUCCAUGGCAACAAGGAGGCCAGCAAGGAGGUGGACAGGGUCCAUGGCAACAGGGAGGUGGAGGUGGAGGAGGCGAAUGGAACCCUUGGGGUCAAUUUAAUCAAACAACCACCACCACUACAACAACUACUUCAGCACCGCCGCCCAUGAACUGGACCCAACAAGGGCCCUGGGGACAGGGUCCAAUAGGAAACGCGCCGCCAAAUUUCGGUUAAUGCCAAAACCAUUAAUUCCGGUUGGAUUUUAUACUUUUCUAAUAAAAGAGCACCGUUUAUCAAAGUA